UACCCGGUAGAUGAAGUAUUUUUCUGGAAAAUAUCUUCCCUUAACCUGAGGGUACUCAGGUCUUGUCCUAAUCCAAUAAGUAACUCCAAAGAAAGUUCAAGAAUCAAGAGUGUUGUUUUAUCAAAGAUGGGCAAGUUCAGCAAAGUUACUCUUCAUUCCUUGAGCUUAUAAAUAGUGAACAAAUAACACAUUCUCGGUUGAUCUCAUCCAUAGCGCGCAACUGGGCGAACACAAAAUCUCUCUUUAUCUCUGUGGAAGCAAGUAGUUACAAAAUCAACCACUGAUAAUUAACUAAAGAAGAUGGAUCAAAUUGAACAUCAUCAAAUGCUACAAACAACUGAAGGCAGUAAUGGUGUUUUUCAGAAACCAGACAACUUACUAAAGAAGCCUACUAUUCUUCAAUUCUUAAUCUCUCUUCUCUCAAUAUUUUCCUUAAUCUUGUCCUACUCAUCUUCGCAGAUUCCUGCUUUUUCUUCCCUUUCUUUUCAUUUAUUUACUUACACUAUUGAUAGGAAGUACAUGUUCCUCCUUUGUAAUGGAAUCCUUGUAUUCCUUGCCAGAAACUUUGAAUUCCUCUCUUCCACUGAUCAGCAUCAGCAGUACUUUAGUGACAAACUAAGCACAGGAAACGUAGACCAGUUGUGGUUGAAGCCCGAGGUUUUGGAGGUGGAUGGUUAUGAGGGAGUAUUUGUCAAGGAGAGUACAGGGACUUCAAAAACUUGUGAUGACGAACUACUAGUCAUCGAUGAAGGGGGAAAAGAAGUAACAGAAUGUCUAAAAGAAGAGGAAUAUGAGUUCAUGACUACCAAAGACAGCGAGAACGAGAAAGAUGAGAAAAUUGGAACUGUGUUUACCAAAGAUGGCGAGAAAGAGGAUGCUAAAAUACAUUCAGUUACAGAGGAUGAAGAAAAAGAUGAAAGAAAGGAAGAUGAAGAUGAUGAAGAAGAUGGAGAAGCGUCACUGAGUGUAGAAGAACUGAACAAGAAAUGUGAUGAUUUUAUAAAGAAGAUGAAGGAAGGAAUUGUAUAUGGUUAAAUGCUUAUAUUCAAAGAACAUUCAGUUAUUGUUUUACGGCAAUAAAACUUCAGUAAUUAUGACUAAUUUCCUUGCAUUAUUUUAAAAAGCAAGGAAAAGAAAAUAAUAAAACUUCAGUAACUACAUUUAAUCACUAGCUAAUCAUUAGUAAGUUGGUUGUACUCAUUCUUAUUUUUCAAUGUCUUCCUACCUCCUUAUCGGCUGCACUGAACUUUGCUUUUAGGAGCUACUAAAGUUUGUCUUUAAGGUUUCUAUUAUUUUUGCUAACUUGCCUUACAAUAAAGUGCAGAGUGAGGAAGUAAUCUCAUUUUUUGCAUUUGUUAGUGCUCAAUCUUUAAC